CCGGAUGGACGGCUUUGUUUGGCAGCUUAUUAGACUGUUUUUUUGUUUUUAAAUCAGACGUAACACUGUAAAACUGCUCUACUUUUUUUUAUUUUCUUAUGCUUUUCAAUAACAGCUGUUAACUUUACCGGCAGUUUGGUAUUCAACGACAGCUAACUUCGUUAGCUCGCUGCCUAGCUGCUUGGCUAGUGACACAGCUCGGCAGCUUUAUCUUUAUCGAUGUUAGUUCGCCUUCAGACUAUCAGACGUGACUACCUACCGUAUCCUGAUGCAACUUGAUGGAGGACUACGACAAGUUUGUGCAGCAUCGCCUCUGCCAUCUGAGGGAAAGUGAGCACAACAACAAACCCUCGCUGGCAUCCUCUCUCAUCCGCUUCCAUGGACGACCCAUCCUCCCUCCCCUGCUCUCCGGUGAGCAGAGAGAGGAGAUGCAGCGACACAGAGAAGCAGCGCAGAAAGCUGCCGAUCACAGAAAGUUGAAGGAUGAUGCAAGGAUGGCCUACGUGCAAACUAUCCUACACAGUGUUCAGCUGAGGAAGACGCCAACACUGGAGGAGUUGCUCCAAGAGUCAGAGAUUAACACAAAAUCUUCAUAUUCCCAUGGAUCAGUGUCGCAGGGCAAUCAUUUCAUAGGAACAAAGGAUACUCUUUUGCUUUCGCCCCCGCCUGGAAGCAAAGAGAAGGAUGGUGUUUCUCUUCCACCUUUGACAUCAACUACAUAUAGUGCCUUUUUUGCUUCUAACGUUACACCUCAGCAAAGCUACCAGGAGGGAUGCCUUAUUGACCAACAUUACAGCCAACAGGGGUCACAGUCAAGUUCCCUUAAUGGUGCAAGCCACCAGUCAGUGUCCUCAGGUUACGUGACCUACGAGAAUGUUGAAAACACCGCCAGUGUGUCUGGAGGGAUUGAUGAAGGAAAAGCAAGCCAUGGCUUUGACUCCACAGGGGGAGCUUAUGAUAUGGGUGGCUUUUUCCUUCACAACACCUCAAACACAAUUGCCAAGAUGCCAGAUAUUAUUAGCCAUCCUCCCAUAGAUGGAGAGGAAUUGGAGAGAAGUGGACUGGAGUCAUCCUUUUGUAAUGACUUUAUAGUAGUAAAAGACAUUUGUUGCUCCUCACUCCAGGAUGAUUCAGACAUAUGUGACCAUCUACCAGGAGAUAAAUCUCAAAGCAGUCAUGUGGACAGCACAGGGGGUGAAGAUAACAUUCCCAUUACUGUAGUAGUAGAUCACAAUUUAGACAGAACUGAGGGCCUGGUCUCUUCCCCAAAAAAUUGUGUUUUUUCAGACAAUCCAGAGUUAUCACAGACAUUGAGCACUAAUCACCCUCCAACAGCAGAACCGCACAUUCAGCACAACCCAACAGAAACCGAACCAACAGACAACCAUGUAGAUGAAUCAGAGCCAUACGACGAGCCUUAUCGUCUGAGCCUCCAGGCCCUGCUGAAGAAAUCUCAGGAGUAUCGGCGGCGCCAGCGGAUGCUCAGGAACCAAGCCAAAAAUACUAAAGUCCAGGAGAGGACCCAAGAACAGCCAAGAGUAAGGGCGGAGGAGCAGAGCCUCUCUGAUAAGGAGAAUGACGAGUUCCCUCAGAAGGGCCCUGCAGAGGGAAAGAACACUAAAGAGAGGAAAGGUACUUUUAUCCCCUCAGCUGAAACGUCACCAAAGGAGGCUUGGGAAAAUGAGAGGAUCAUUGAGAGUGAGUUUUUGGGGAAAAAGGCAAACUUGAAAUCUGAAAGCACACAUUUAACAGGAGGGAAUACUCAGGAAAUGAAUAGUGUUGAGGAAGAAACAACCUUCAAAAAUAAUAAACUGAACGUUUCACAAGAAGUCGUAACAGAGCCCAAACAUAUCAGCACCUUCCCCCAGCAACAGCCCAUGUCGACAGAAACCUCACCUGUUCACGAGGCCUUUUACUUGAACACCUCUCCUACAGCUUCUCAUAAAGGAGUAGGCAGAUAUCACACUAUCCCAGCUCCUAAUUACUGUAGGAGUCCUGUUCACUGCAAAAGCAAAGGCAGUGUCCAAGAUGGAGAAGCUGCUGAUGGGGCCGAGACCUCAAAGAGGAAAGUUUUAGUCAAUACUGAUUUGAACAAAAACAACAAGCUUGAAGAAGUUCACUUGGAACAUCAAAAUGGUCACAGAGCAGUUCCUCCCACUGUGAAUUUCAUGGUCGAAGGCGAUGUAACAAGCUUUACAGCCAAGAGCUCACAGCACAUAGACCAGCUUGUGUCCAGCCUGUCUGGUUUGAAAGUACUGAUCUCAGAUCUGGAGUCAACACUGACAGAAAACUUGGGGAAUCACAGCCAAACUGGGAGCAACACACGAAGCGAGUUCAGUUUUGAAAGCGUCAAACACUCUGAAAUAAAAAAGAAACAUGAACAACACAUGCAGCCUCAUCAAAGUGAUUGUGACGGUUGGGAGGACAGACUGCGGGACGGCGAUGCUGAACAAGACCAAAGGUACAGAGAACGACCGGGAAGACAAUCAUCAGACAGUUUCAGGAACAUGCAUGAAGAUACAGGAGCUGAACUAAGUAUCAGUGACACGAGUGAUGUUCCUGUAAAUGAGGUAGUUAACUUAAGCGAGCUCAGGCUGGUCAAAACGUUAGCUAUGGAGAGAGCAAAAGACAAAGGGACAUGUAAAGAAGGAGUAACAAAGAGUUAUGGACAGCAUGGCGGCGGUAGAAAGCAGCAGCCUCCGGCUAAAUGUAUCCUCUCUGCAGCACAGCGGCAGCGAAUUCCCGACAUAUUCAGAAAUGUUCCAUCUGAAACGAUGGCUCUGCGAAACGUCUCUGUGCUUUCGGAUACCAGUAACCGCACAGUGGAAAGAAGGAAUGAGACAGCUGUAGAAGGUCACGACUCGACCCACCUGCCAUCUCUCAACCAGUCGUAUGAUGUGGACGCACCGUCUGGCCUGUGGUUCCUUGACGGGUCAGGGUCCGACUUGGGCUCAAAAGGUCAUCUUGUUCACGAGAUGCAUCUGACCCCGGAGAGUGGGAGUGAAGGUCAGGGCAGUGUGUCCAAGGUAAAACGGAGACUGGUCAUGCACGUAACAGAGGAGACACGGGAAAGGAGUACAGACGCCAGCAGAGGAGGAACAGGCCCUGCUGUCAGACCCAGCUCCAGCACUCCUAAAGCUGCAGUGCGGCAGUACGAAGGCCACGGCAGUCAAAAAGACAAGCAGGAACAACUGAAACAGGCCCAUGCUGCUCAGGUCAGAGCCCUGCAAGAGGAGCACAGGAGACAGCAGGAAGAACUACUGCAGGCGUUGGCAGUGCGUUACCAUCUCCUCCAGAGCGUGUCCUUCCCUUGCUCCAUGUCAAGCUCACGUCUCGGGGACACGCUGACCUUUUCUACCCUCUCUCAGCCCUCCAAGCCACUCUUGGAGCACUACCGCCCCCUGCUGUCAGCAGCCGUGAAAGGUUUCCUGACUCGCAGGCUGUUGAAGACAGAGAGAGUGGCGCAGCUGGUGCGCACCAUCAGGGACACACAGCAGUUCCUGCAGGCCCUCCAGCAGCAGCAGAGCCCCGGCAGAGGAGAGUUUAGUAGCAGCAGACAGGACAUUUUGCUGCAGGAGAGAGUCUCUCUGCAGCUGCGCGCCGCACGUUACGAGGUCAACGACAUAUUCUUCAUCUUGUCAACCGGAGAGAGGAUGCAGCUGAUCAGCUGGGACAGAGAGUUGGCCCGGGAGAGAGAGCUCAGACGACAGAGCGGGCACACAGGCCGACCCAGAGAAAAGAGCUCUCUGUCAGCUGCAACACAAAAAUCACUAGAGAGAAAGAGAGGAAUGAUGAUCCAGAAAAAAGCAGCAGGAAAGCACAGGGGAGCUGUGACGAGGACCGGACACAACACUGGAUUGUCUGCUGAGCAGCCGUCGGAAAGGAAACGAGGACAGUUCAGAGCAAAUCCUCAGAGGGUCCCCAGGAGCACUUAUUCCUCUAGACCCCGAUGACACUUUUCCUAAUUGGCCCCAGUGAGGACUUGUAAUAAGGCCUCUAGCGAUUACAUGAAUAUUUUAUAAGUGAUCAUUCGAGUUUCCGAAACCAGAUUUGACACACAGUGAUGCCUGUUGCUGACGGAUACACCGUUGUAUUUUUUUACGCUCUACAACCAGAGUGUGAAUCUAGUGACAGCUCCACUCAGUCAGAUGGAGAAGUGUCACAUUUAGUGGAUGCACAGAUGGGGAUAAAACAUCAGUACACUAACAGACAUUCUUCUGCUUGCAGUAUUUUCCACCAUAUUUAGUGUAUUAAUGUUGCAGUUGUUCACUUGAAAAAUGCUGAGUUGGCAAAACAACACUUUGACAUCCUUUAGCUGAACCUCUAAAGCUCUGAACGACGCUCCAUGUAUGACUCACAGCAGACAUUGUGACACGCUCAGGUGUGGUGAAUAACAAUGAUGGCUCUACUGCAUUUGGAUAUUUAAGUAAAGCAGCAAAUAUGUAUGCAACAUUUCCUUUCAGACUUUUACCACCUCCUCCACUAUUCAAAUAGUGUUAAGGAAGAAUGACUCUGGCUUUGACAUGCAAACUGUGACUAAGGGAUGCAAAUGGACAUUUCUUUGUUCUUAAGGGUUUAUAAGUUGAAAAGAGACCAAGACUGUAUCCAGCAUGCGCAGUACCAGGACCUGCAGAUGAAAACCCCUAACAGGAACGCAGCCAUGUUUCAAUUUGUUGAUUACACCCUUAUGCGCUUAUGCUGCUAUAGCAUGUCGAAAUGUCUUCUGUUUGAUAACCAGAUGAUUAGUUCAGGUGUUUCUGGGUUUUUCCAGUUGUCUAGUGUUGACUCUUUAUUUACUUCCUUCAAAGUUAUGUGCCUAAUUGAUUGCCACUGUAAACAGACCAUCUCCAGAUGUGUUGUCACAUAUUGAACUCUUAGUAUUAUAGGACAGUGCGCUUGCUGAUACAGAUGUUAUAUCCAGCUCCAGAUGUUAGUGUUACCAUUUAUACUUGAAUAGUGUGUUACUCCCUUGUUGCCUUAAAUAUUUUUCCUAGACUAAUAUGAGCCAAAACACAUGAACCUUUUAGAUAUGUUUUAUUAUUCUUAGUAACCUGUUUUAUAUAUAAUGUAUUUAUUUGUAUGUUGUUUUUAAUAAAUGCUUAAAACACUUGAAA